AUGAAUGAAGGAGGAGAAAGGGAACGAAGGGAUGUGGGAGGCGAAGUUGGUGGUGACCUGGCGGUGGUGAAUGCAGGGGAGAGGCAGAAAACACAAGGAGGGAGAAGGGGAUUCUUGUAUGGGAAAGAAGGAAGAAGAAAUAGUUUAGGGAUUCUUGGACUAGUGGUGGUGAAGGUAGGGGAGAAGGUAGAGAACGUCGGGUGUUGUGAGCCGGCAGAAGAGGGAGUAGAGGCUGGGACGAAGGCAGAGGACGAGAGAGGAGUAGCGGAAGAAAGAGGCUAG